AUGGCCGGGACAUCAAAUCAAUACAUACCGUCCCCUGAGGAUGUUCUUGUUGUCAAGCAGAUCCUGAUAAAGAAGGGUAAGCUACCAUUAGAAUUGGUUGAUGCCAUUAUCGACUCCGCGGAUUACUGGGUCAAGACUACGACUUGCAGAACCAACGGGGAGGUCAGCAUCCUUUCAGGCCGAGAACGCGAGAACAAGCUCUUGUUGAGAUCAUAUCCCCUUGGCUACUUCCCUACAAAAGAGAAUCCCACUGCGUUACCAAUGACAAUCGUCGACGAAUACCCCUCAAUACCCUCAGAACCAUGGGCCGAGUCUGGUGAUUUUCCAAUCAAUGCCACGGAGGAAGUGAUCGAUUACUGGUCUCGAGACGCAGUGCCUCGAGGAGAGUUUCCCUGCCGAAAGAUAGUCUUCACAAUCAAGAGCCACGACCAAGGAUGGGGAGGACCCCCUGGUUGCAGAGGCACAUAUAGGGGCUCUUCGACUUGGUUUGAUGUUGGUCUAGAGACCUUGUCCGCUAUACGCGACCGUCAGUUACCUCCAUUUCAUUUAACAGAAUCUCUUGCAUGGCAGCACUUUCAUUCUCGUUCCGAUGUUGAGGAGAUUAUAGGAGAGUUUCAUGCAGCCAAUAGAGAGAAGCUGCUUCCCUAUUUUUACCUUCCAGAUCCGCAAUCAGCAAACCCGGACGCAGAACCGAUCAUCUGUACUACACGCACCAUAUCUCCACGAACAGAAACGCGAACAACCGCCACAGAGCCCCCAGAAACGAAGGUCGAAUUCCGUCACGGACCUGACCCGGGCUUGGAUUGCUUGCAGAGAAAUCGAACAGGAACAAGAGACACGAAGGAACACGUUAUCACUUGGUCCUGUACCGAUAAUGUUAUGGACCCUGACUCGAUUGAUGGAAAGAAACUUGAUGGGGAAGGUCGGGGCAGAGCAACUGGCAAUGGAGAAUAUGUGCGGAAUCUGAAAGUCGGAGAUGUGGUGACGGUGUGGGGAAAGGCGAGAUAUGGUGGUUGGGUCAAUUAUGUUGAAGAGGUGAAGAUUGAUGUUUAUUGGGCUGUUUAG